AUGUUACAAGAUCCAAGUGUGAAGUAUAAGGCAUUCCCACCAAUAAAUUUGCCCAAUAGACAAUGGCCCUCCAAGGUUUUAAACAAACCUCCUAGAUGGUUGAGUACUGAUUUAAGAGAUGGUAACCAAUCAUUACCUGAUCCAAUGUCAGUUGAAGAGAAGAAAAUCUACUUCAAGAAAUUAGUGGAAAUCGGUUUCAAAGAAAUUGAAGUUGCAUUCCCUUCAGCAUCUCAAACUGAUUUUGAUUUCACCAGAUGGACUAUUGAAAAUUGUCCUGAUGAUGUUAGAAUUCAAGUUUUGAGUCCUUGUAGAGAAGAUUUAAUCAGAAGGACAAUUGAAAGUUUACAAGGUGCUAAGAAAGCUACAGUUCACAUUUAUUUAGCUACUUCAGAUUGUUUCCGUAGGGUUGUCUACAAAAAUACCAAAGAAGAAUCAAUUGAGUUGGCCGUGAAGUGUGCUAAAUUGAUCAAAUCUUUGACUAAAGAUGUGAAAUCUGAAACAAGUUGGAACUUUGAAUUCAGUCCUGAAUUUUUCAGUGACUCAGGUUUGGAUUUUACUAUUGAAAUCUGUAAUAAUGUUGCAAAAGCUUGGGAACCAACUGUCGAAGAACCUAUUAUUUUCAAUUUACCUGCAACAGUGGAGAUGUCUACUCCUAAUGUGUAUGCUGAUCAAAUUGAGUACUUUUCCUCUCACAUCAAUGAUCGUGAAAAGAUUUGUAUUUCCUUACAUCCUCAUAAUGAUAGAGGAUGUGCCGUUGCUGCUGCUGAAUUAGGACAAAUGGCUGGUGCUGAUAGAGUUGAAGGUUGUCUCUUUGGUAAUGGUGAAAGAACCGGUAACGUCGAUUUAGUUACCUUAGCAUUAAACUUGUAUACUCAAGGUUACAGUCCAAAAUUGGACUUUUCUGAUAUUUCGUCAGUCAUUGAUAUAGUUGAAAGGUGUAACAAGAUUCCUGUUCAUCCAAGAGCACCAUACGGAGGUUCUUUGGUCGUCUGUGCAUUCAGUGGAUCUCACCAAGAUGCUAUUAAGAAAGGUUUUGUUGAUCACGAACAACAAUUGAAGAAUACCAAGGAUUUGACUUGGGAAGUUCCUUACUUACCGUUAGAUCCUAAAGAUAUUGGAAGAACUUAUGAAGCUAUCAUCAGAGUUAAUUCUCAAAGUGGUAAAGGUGGUUCUGCUUGGGUUAUCUUAAGAAACUUGGAAUUAGAUUUACCAAGAGGUUUACAAAUUGAUUUCUCUAAAGUAGUCCAGGAUGUCGCUGAUUCUAAAGGAAGAGAAUUGACUAACUUGGAAUUAUGUGAAUUAUUCAAGAAUAACUACUGCAUUUUGUGGGAUGGUAUUAAUGAUAAAUAUCCAUACAAAUUAAUUGAUUAUUCUUUAUCCUCCUCUAAGGAUAAGAACAGAUCAAUUUCAGUUGAUUUGGAAGUUGACGGCAAGAGUACCACCAUUAACGGUAGUGGUAAUGGUCCAAUUUCUGCUUUUAUCAAUGCUAUAAAGAAUAAUUUAUCAAUUGAUUUAGACGUAAAGAAUUAUCAUGAACAUUCCUUGGGUGAUUCUUCUAACUCAAAAGCUGCCACUUACAUUGAAGUAUCAGUUGACGGUAAAGAUAAGAUAUGGGGUGUUGGAAUCAAUGAAGAUGUUUCAUUUGCAUCAUUCUUGUCAUUGGUUUCGAUUUUGAAUGGAUUGAAAAAAUGA